AUGAACAUGCAACCUCAGGCUUGUGCAGAGGAAAGGAAACUCCAACUGCAGGAGUUGGAGGAAAUCAGGCUGGAAGCUUAUGAUGCAACAAUGUGGUAUAAGGAGAAAACCAAACUCUGGCACGAUAAAAACCUAAGGGUAAAAAAGUUACCGUACACCAUCGUCGCCCUCAGAGCGAACGGUGCAGUUGAGCUUCAGGGAAGCGAUCCAGACUCUGCUUCUUUCAUGGUUAACGGUCACCGUGUGAAGCCAUUUAGGGACAACUCAGAGGCUUACACGGUGGAAGAGAUUCCGCUGUGCAUCCCCGAGGUUUUCACCUAA